UUUUGUCUCCAUCUUUUACAGUCUGUUAUCUCUAAACGUAUGUCUCUUCUGCUAAUCAAUAGGUCUCUUAUUCCCUGCUGUCACUACCGUUAAGCUAGCGGUUCCUGGAAUUCCAUGUCAAAACUGGCUCACCUAUUCUAAUCAACACGUAUUCGUAUUUCGCGUACAAGGCAAAUCCGAAGCAAGUAUAGCUCGAUUUCGUGAUGUUCCAGCCUAACCAGGCGAUUAUAGAGCCCGUCUCCCAUCUUCACUGCGAUAACUUGUUGUUCGCUUAGAUCGACGCAAUCCGAUGGUUUCAUUAAAUAUAGUGUAGUUGUGGUGGUAAGGAAAGCUGGGGAGCCGCUGGUGAUAGAGGAGGUGAUUGUGGUUCCUCCCAAAUCCGAUGAAGUUCCCAUCAAGAUUAUCUGCACUUCAGCAGCACUUCACUCUAUCAUAGCGAUGCUACCUUUUGGAAACUGCAACUUCAAGCUUACUUCAUUGUUCUUAAUGAUAUUAUGGACGACUCUCAUACGCGGAGAGGUCAACCAUGUUGGUUCAGGUUGCCUAAGGUUGGCUUGAUUGCAUUCCAAGAAUUCUCAAGAAGCACUUCAAAGGGAAGCCUUAUUAUGUCGAUCUGCUGGAUAUAUUUAAUGAGGUGGAAUUUCAAACUGCGUAUGGGCAGAUGAUUGAUCUGAAUUCCAAGGGGAGAAAGAUUUGUCAAAAUAUUCAUUGCCUCUGCAUGCAGCCACCGCCGGAUUGUAGAAUACAAGACUGCUUACUAUUCAUUUUACCUCCCAGUGAGUAUAUAUUAUUUUCCAAUUACAUAUGUGGCCUAUUAUUUUCUUUAUGGACAAUAACUUUAUUGUCUCUCGUCUCUAUAUCGUCUCCACAAUUAGGCCUUGUUUGGUUUAAAGGAGGGGAGGGAAGGGGAGAGUCAAGGAGGGAAGAGAAGGGAAGGGGAAGGAAGGAUUUUGAUAAAAAUUUGUGUUUGGUUGGAGGAAAUAGGAGGAAAGGUUUAAUGAAAAUAUUUUCCUAAUUUACCUUUAUUUGAUAGCUUACUCCUAUGGUCAUGAGUCAUACUACUUUUUUUGGAUUUUUUGAUUUUUUACUUUUUAAAUUUAUAAUUUUUUUUUUUGAAUUUUAUAACCUUUUUUAUUUUUUAAAUUUUAAAUUUUUAAAAUGUUUUGUUUUUUUUUUAUUUUAAUAAUUUUUUUUUUAAAUUUUUUGAUCUUUAAAUUUUUAAAAUUUUAAUUUUUCAAAACUUUUUAUUUUUUACCUUUUUUAUAUUAUAUCGUUUUGUCCCUUCACGUAGGAGAUGAAUAGUUUGUGGUUAUCAACAUGUUUCCUCCAAAAUACCCCGAUUUGGGGGGUUUGGAAUGGGAGGAAGUGGAGGAUUUCGGAAGCCUUCCACUUUCCUUCCCUUCCCUCCUAUUUCCUUCAACCAAACACACACAAAUCCCCCACUUUCCUCCCCUCCCCUCCGAAACCCUCCAACCAAAUAGGGCCUUAGGCUUGCGUGUCAAUCUGUCAUCCUUUUUUAUGAUAGAUGGACUGUUUUUAUUAAAAAAACCAUGCUUGUCAUUUUAGAUACCCGUACUUCAAUUCUCUUCACCACUCCGUUUUCCAGUACAAUAUUGUUCGAUUUAAGCGAUUGAAACUAAUCUUUGUGUAUUCUUAUAAGGGAGUCUAUUUGUAUGUAGUCUGUACCGACUAAAUAGAUCGUCUUAUUAGCGGUUUGUAUUCUUAAGUGAUUUAUAGUGUGUUCAUUUUAGUGCAUUUUCAACUCUAAAAGAUAAAUGCGGUAUAUGUGGUUUUGUGAAAGGUAAAAGGUCUUGUUAUACUCAUUCAAUUCUUAUAGAUUUCUAAUCCUCUAUUCCAGUGAGAAUAGAAGUCAACAGGAAACUGACAGUUAUUCUUAGAGUGAAGUCUCUAUUUAACUAUUUCUGUCUUUUUGAUGAAUUCCUAUACAUUUUGUGGAAUUCCAUUUAUAAAUGGAAUUUAUUAAUGUGUUAUUUGGGUUCCCUACUACUACGUUUUAGAUUGGGGAUAAAGUUAUAGAUAUGAGACUUUAUUAUGGCAUUAGGUUAAUUGUAAUGUUUUACUCUACUUCCAUGAAAAUUCAACGAUUUUCCCUUCAUAUUAAUGUUAAUAUGUCAAAUACUAAAGUAAUCUUAUCAGAUAAAUAUACAAUAUACUUAUAUUUAAACAAGUAACACAUUGGGUAUUUACACCUUCACGUAUUGUGAUACGUUUGUAAUUUCCGUAUGUUUAUUUACGCUUUUAGUUAGUUUUGAUUGUUUAAUAUUUCGGAAAUUACACACUUUCGGUGUAAUAGUUUAGUUUGUUAAAUUCUUGUAAUUUGUUUAGAUUAGGUUUAUUCUGAGCUUAAACAGGUCCAAGAUCAAUCAAAUGAUCAAUGGUGAAGGAAGGUGCAAGAGUACAAGACAAAAAGAAGGAAAAAUCCUGAUUUUGGUCUAUACUCGAUCGAGUAUAUACAUAUACUCGAUCGAGUAUCUGGUUGACAUUUCAAAUCGGAUCGGAUCCGAAAACAAAGGAACAUGCAGGAGAAGAUUUUCCCACGUUCGAGUGUCUAUACCCGAUCGGGUAUACUUAUAUACUCGAUCGGGUAUAGCUAUAAAAACUACCCGAGUAUUGAUCGAGUAUAGGGCGAAUUCGAUGUUCUACACAUACUCGAUCGAGUAUGUAUAUAUACUCGAUCGAGUACUCGACCUGCACCUCAAAAAGCCUAUAAAUACACCUCCUUUCCUUCACUUUAAAAACCAAUUCACAUAUACUUCUUAGCUCAGUUUAGACAAGUUCUUUCUUUAUAUUUUUCAUCAUGUUUAGUCUCCAAAUGAGGAGCUAAACUCUUCCAUCUUGGUUUUGCUACUUUGAAGCUUAAUGAUUUGUAAGUUGUGAGUUAUUUUCUUUAAUCUUCUUCCUUGAAUAUUAAUUACUUCCUAUUCAUAUUCCAUAUUAAUAUAUUGAGCAUUACUUAAAGUAUCAACUAGUCUUGUUCUAUAUAUUAAAUAUUACUAGAAUCAAUCGGUUAAUACGCUUGUUAUUAAUUCGGUUCUUUCACGGUAGUAAACUUGGGUUGUUAAUACAUGCUUCUCAUGGUUAAUAAGCCAAGGAGAAUUAAUUAUAUUGAUUGAACCAAUAAACCGCUUGUGUUGAGGUUAUCAAUCUCAAUCGUUUUCAUCUUGAUUUUAUUGCUACUAUCAAGUUAAUAUACGGCGCUUGUUCUAUAUUGACUCGGUAGUAAGUUUUAUUAAUGAACGCUUCUCGUUAUUAAUAACUACCCUCGAUGAACUGGAUAUACUCCUCGAUUGAGUAUUCGAGAGGAAGAUAGUUAAAGAUAUAAUCGGGAUCGACGAACAUUUCAUUAAGUGGAUAAAAGCAAAGCCAAGUCUUCUUCUCAUUAAUUAAACCACAUAACUCGUUCAUCUUCGUGUUUAAAUAUAAUUCAAGUACAUUUACUCAAUCUAAAUCCCCCCCUUUGUUACUAGUUUAUAAAGAGAAAAGUAUUCCUUUCCCUGUGGAUACGAACCUUACUUCGCUAUACUACGUAUUAGUGUCGUAUUGAUAUCUAUUUUGAGUGCACUUCACGACAAAGUGCACGUCAAAUUUGGCGCCAUUGCCGGGGAAAGGCAAUUUAUUUUUCUUUUUAUUUCAUUUUAAAGAAAAAAAAAAAUAUAGUUGAAGUAUAGAGAUUUCUAUUUCUUCUGAGCUUUGUUUGAGUAUAUGGUAAGAACCCGAUCCAUAAACGAAAUCAUCUACCAAACAACCCCCCAAACAGAACAAGCCUUCGAAAGGUUUAGGAAUUUAUUUCCGAAUACUUCUUCGGAGGAAUCAUCAAGUGCUAGUUCUCAAUCUAGCGAGACCGAAGAGCCAAUCACUAUGGCUCUUGAGACGAGAACAUUGAGGGAGCUCACAGCUCCGAAUCUUAAUCAACAACCCCUAUGUAUCACUUUUCCAACUCUUGAUACGGGGGUCACAUUUGAGCUAAAAUCUGGGCUCAUUCAUCUCCUUCCAUCAUUCCAUGGUUUACGAGGGGAGGAUCCGAACAAACACUUGUCGGAAUUCCAUAUUGUGUGCACAAGCAUGUGCCCCAAUGGUGUGUCCGAGGAGCAAAUCAAACUGAGGGCCUUCCCAUUCUCUCUAAAGGAUACUGCAAAGGACUGGCUUUUCUAUCUUCCUUCGGGAAGUAUCACUACAUGGCCACAAAUGAAGAAGGCCUUUCUUGACAGGUACUACCCCGCUUCUAUUUCAUCAUCACUCAAGAAGCAAAUAAGUAACAUCGAACAAAAAGAUGAUGAAUCUCUAUAUGAAUAUUGGGAGAGAUUCAAGAAGCUAUGUGCAAGUUGCCCCUAUCACGGAUACACCGAACAAGACCUCAUCCUCUACUUCUAUGAUGGUCUUGUGGAUCAAGAUCGCCGCAUGGUGAAUGCGGCGUGUGGAGGGGGCAUUGUCAACAAAACCCCUUCACAAGCGAGGGAUCUCAUCUCGGAGUUGGCCGAGAACUCCAGACACUAUAAUGGGCGAUCCUCAACUCGGAGAAUCAUGGCGGUGGAAUCCAACAACGCGUUGGAAAGUCAAGUGAACGGCUUGGCAAGUCAAGUGACCGGCUUGACUUCUUUGGUUAAAGAUUUCCUUUUAAAAUCCAAGACCCAAGAAGUCAAGGUCUGCGGUAUCUGUACACAACAAGGGCAUCCCACGGACUCAUGCCCAACUCUUCAAGAAGACACCACAGAGCAUGUCAACGCCUUGGGUUUCCAAAGCCACCAACAAAGGAGGUAUGACCCGUUCUCAAAUUCUUACAAUCCCGGAUUGAGGGAUCAUCCAAACUUAAGGUAUGGAAACCCUCAACAAGCCAACCCACCUUCUCAAUCGAGUAUGUCUACGGAAGACAUGAUUCGAACUCUUGCUACCACCAUGGGCACCUUACAACAAAACGUGGUGCAAUUUCAACAAGAAACAAAGUCAAGCAUUCAAAAUUUGGAAACUCAAGUUAGCCAAAUUUCGAAUGCUGUAAAUCGACUUGAAGCAAGAGAUUCAGGUAGGCUUCCCUCCCAAACUGAACAGAACCCAAGGCAACAAGUCAAUGCCAUCAUGCUAAGGAGUAGCCCGGAAUCACAAGCAAAGGAAAGUGAAAAAGAGGAGAUUGACCACAAGGAGGAGGAGCCAAUGAAGAGAAAAUUUCCUCCACUAUCAUCAUAUGAACCAAUCCCUCCAUUCCCUGAGGCGUUGAAAGAUACAAGGAAGCUAGAGAGUGAUCGGGACAUCUAUAAGACCUUUGCCGAUUGUGAGGUAAAUACCCCACUCUUUAAACUAAUCCAAAGUGUUCCCCGUUAUGCAAAGUUUUUGAAAGAACUAUGUGUAAUAAAAAGAAAAGAUAAAUUAAAGGGGAGACCAAAGGUUGAAGUUAGUGAGCAUGUCUCGGCAGUCUUUCAGAAAAAAUUUCCAAAAAAAUGUGACGACCCGGGCAUGUUCACUAUUCCUUGCACGAUAGGAAACACCACAUUUCCUAAGGCCUUACUAGAUUUGGGGGCAUCUAUAAACGUCAUUCCUUACUCCGUUUAUAAAACCCUACAACUUGGCCCACUACAUCAAACCGGUGUAGUGAUUCAACUAGCAGAUCGUUCUAGUACCUACCCGAAGGGUGUAUUAGAAGAUGUGCUGGUAGAAGUAGAGAAUAUGGUUUUUCCCGUCGACUUCUACGUCCUCGAAAUGGGGAAUGAUGACCAAACAGCGCCCAUCCUUUUGGGAAGACCCUUCUUAAAGACCGCAAAAACAAAAAUCGACAUGUCUAGUGGUUCAUUAACUUUAGAGUUCAAUGACCAAAAAGUAGAGUUUAAUAUCUUUGACUCUACGAAAAAACAAAUUAAAGAUCAAUCUCUUUGCUCUUUAAAUGUUUUUGAACCACCAACGCCAAAUGCUUUAAUUGAGUCGGGAACAAAGAAGAAAGGUCGGCCUUACUGGAAAAGGCAAAAGAAAAGAAAUGAAGGACGGGAUGCUCACGAUCCCACAUAAAAUAAAAAUAAAAAUAAAUAAAACGUCGUGCCACGACGUUAAAUAAGGCGCUUCUUGGGAGGCAACCCAAUCAAGGCAUGUUUUCUUUAUCAUUUUGCCAAGUAGAGUGUGUGAGUUUUUAAACAUGGAGAAAAAUGAAAAAAAAAAAAAGAGAAAAAUGAAAAAAAAAAAAAGGGAAGUAAAAUUGAGACCAGGGGAUACACCCGGUCGAGUAUAUUUAUAUACUCGGGCGGGUAUUACUAAAAAGAAAGACUCGAGUUCAGUACUCGAUCGAAUCCUCGAAAAUUUUUGAUAAAAAGAGGAAUACUCGAUCGAGUAUACUACUGUACCCGGUCGAGUAUGAGCUAAAAUGAGAAGAUAAAAAUUUCUGUCUCCUAUACUCGAUCGAGUACAGGUACAUACUCGGUCGAGUAUGCUCAGAAAAGCCAGUCUCCCAGCCCCUGUCUCCGGUACCCGAUCGGGUAUACAGGGAUACUCGAUCGGGUACCCCUGCGAUUAUAACCCCAAAUGCACUCCAAAACACUUCAUCUUCCCCAAACACACCCAAAUUUUCGAACCCCUCUCCCCCAAACUCCAUUUUUGGAUCUUCUCUCUUCCAUAUCUCACUAAUUCCUUCACCAAAUCACCCCAUUCCACCACCAAAAUACUCCCCUCACUCUCCUCUACACACUCAUACCCACAAAAUCCCUUUUUCCCAAAUAUCCAAGAAAUCCAAAAACCCUACCCCCAUUCGAAAUUUGGGUAUUUUGAGCUCCAAAACCAUCAACAAUGACACCGAGAAAGGACAAAGGGCAAAGCUCUAGAGCCAUGGCACCCAUCCCGGGUUUCGAGGACCUCAUCCCCGCCGACAACGAUCACCGGGCUCGACUCCUCACAACCAUAAAAAGGAAGGUAAAACCUUCUCGUUUUCUAUGUCACGAUGCUCUACGUGAAUUAGGAGUGUAUAAAAUGAUGAAGAAAUUCUUUCAUGAGUUGAAUAUGGACCUUGUUUUCAAAACGAAAUACAACUCAAAUGAAAGAAUUAUUUAUGAAUUUAUGAGCUCGGUGCACUUUGAGAACAAUGAGGAGGAUUUUAGGGAUGAUAGACUCGAGUUUCGUCUUUUUAACCGAAACUAUUCAAUAACGAAGCUCGAGUUUUCUGAACAUUUUGACAUCCCGGUGCCCUACGAGAGAUCCAUCUCGGAUACCACCAUUUUUGGGCACUCCCUAUGGACAAAGAUGACCGGGGAAGUGAACUUUAACUCCUCCCAAAUGUAUAUUAGUCAUGUCCAACACCCCGUCCUCCGGCUAUUCUUGAAAUUUUUAGCAAAUUGUUUGAUUGGACGCCCCAACAACCACCACACGAGGAUUGGGGACGUAUGUUUGAUCUCCGUAGCCCUUUUCCGGCGUCACGUAGACUUCAAUCUAUGUAAUCUCAUUUGGGCACAUCUAAAAAAGGAAAGCAUGGCCAAAGGUGCCAUUGUCAUGGGUGGGGUAAUUAUGCACUUGGCAAGCAAGUUCGGGUAUACGGAUAACUCUCCUAUACCCGACUAUUGUUUGAUGGACAUAGGUUGGCUAGGCCGCUCGGGAUGCACCUCUUUUUCCCAUACGGUAUAUAUUGGGGACCAACCGAAGAACAUGUAUAAUUGGAUCAUACACACCCAACCGGUCAAAUAUUUCCUAAUGCCAAGCCCGGACACCCCCAAACUACGCUACAAACCGGAAUUCGAGGAACCCCACUACCUAUUCCCUCAUGCCCUUCCACCACAUCUCCAAGAACCACAAGCCCAAGAUCUCCCAGAAGAUCAACCCGAGCACCAAGAACCCGAGGUUGCACAUCACUACCUACCCGCACCAAACCAAGCCCCCCCACCUCCCGAUUACUUCCAACAAAUGCUUGAAGGACUCAACAAAGUUACCAAUGAAGUUGGUAAAUAUCGGGAAGAACAACGGGCUGGAUUUCUAAGGCUAGAAGAGCAAAGGACAGCAGACAACCGACGGUAUGAAGAGGAUCAACGUAGGUUCUAUGGACCUAUGUACUCUUACAUGGCUCAUCAAGGCCAAUUCCACACCAUGGCUCAGCCACCCCCCACCCCCCUCUUGGUACGACCCCUCUCAAUGGGGCAACUUUGGAGGAUCUAGCUCCGGGGGUGGAGGUUUUGAUGGAGGGGAUGAUGGCGGCAACACCCACAUGGGCGAUGGGAGCUUUGGAGGAGGCUUCGGAAGCGGCUUUGGGGGCAGUUAUUACGGUGGAGAAGGCGGGCACUAGGGACAGUGCUUAUACUAAGUGUGGGGGAGGAGACUCAUCAUGGUAUGUAAUCUUUAUUUUCACACUUUACUAUGCAUGAACUUCUUUUACUCUUUGUAAACAAAAAAAAGAAUAAAUAAAAAAAUUGAAAUGCUAGUUAGGUUGAAAACCCAAGAAUGGGCAAUCUAAGCAAAAAUGGCUUAUAAAAAAAAUGAGUGAGUUAGUAAGGAUGGAAAAACAAAAAGAGAUGCUAGGAUGAAAACCUGAAAAGGCUCCUAGGCAAAAUGAGAGAUAUGAGAGAAAUAUUUGUUGUGUGCAGGAACUCAUUUGAUCUCUUGAGGAGAAAAGAAGAGAAGGCAAAGAAGAAGAGGCAAGAAGAUGGAGCAUAGAAGAUCAUAAAACCCAAGAAAGAAAGUUGUUUGUAAAAUCAUUUUCUUAUUUCUUGGUGAUCUUAGUUCAUUUCCUUCUUGAACUCAUGGAAUGGUCUUAAACUGUUUGAACAUUUGACUUUACUCGAGGACGAGUAAAGAACUAAGUGUGGGGGAGUUGAUACGUUUGUAAUUUCCGUAUGUUUAUUUACGCUUUUAGUUAGUUUUGAUUGUUUAAUAUUUCGGAAAUUACACACUUUCGGUGUAAUAGUUUAGUUUGUUAAAUUCUUGUAAUUUGUUUAGAUUAGGUUUAUUCUGAGCUUAAACAGGUCCAAGAUCAAUCAAAUGAUCAAUGGUGAAGGAAGGUGCAAGAGUACAAGACAAAAAGAAGGAAAAAUCCUGAUUUUGGUCUAUACUCGAUCGAGUAUAUACAUAUACUCGAUCGAGUAUCUGGUUGACAUUUCAAAUCGGAUCGGAUCCGAAAACAAAGGAACAUGCAGGAGAAGAUUUUCCCACGUUCGAGUGUCUAUACCCGAUCGGGUAUACUUAUAUACUCGAUCGGGUAUAGCUAUAAAAACUACCCGAGUAUUGAUCGAGUAUAGGGCGAAUUCGAUGUUCUACACAUACUCGAUCGAGUAUGUAUAUAUACUCGAUCGAGUACUCGACCUGCACCUCAAAAAGCCUAUAAAUACACCUCCUUUCCUUCACUUUAAAAACCAAUUCACAUAUACUUCUUAGCUCAGUUUAGACAAGUUCUUUCUUUAUAUUUUUCAUCAUGUUUAGUCUCCAAAUGAGGAGCUAAACUCUUCCAUCUUGGUUUUGCUACUUUGAAGCUUAAUGAUUUGUAAGUUGUGAGUUAUUUUCUUUAAUCUUCUUCCUUGAAUAUUAAUUACUUCCUAUUCAUAUUCCAUAUUAAUAUAUUGAG